AUGUUCACCACAUCGACCAUCUCCGCUGCGCCCACCUCCGACCCUCAUCGCCCUCCUUCUCCCUCAUCCGUGUUGUCCUUCUCACCAUCAUCGCCGUCGUCAUCGCCACCACCUCCUCCACCUCCUCCCCCCGCGGUGUCUAUCUCCGCUCCUGCCGACUCUCCCCCGCGACAGAUCGCGUCGAAAUCAUCCUUUCAAAGUCUGCGAAGCUUCGGAAGCAGCAGCGCUUACGAGGACGAUCACUCCGACACCACCGACCUUGGGCCCGAGAAAUCCCUCAUCCGUCCAUCGAUCCUCCGCCGUCUGUCUCCCGGGCUUGCAGCACGCGUGAAACUCCUCGACGGAAGUAGUAGGACGACAGCGCAUUCCCGGAACAGCCCCGGUGCCGUGGGUCGUAUUCCAGAGGAACAUCUCAAGGAGCUAGAUAGCCAGCAUCAGGACCUCUCGAUCAAAAUCCAGAAGAAAGGCCGCGCCUGGCAUGCUCUACAUUUGACUGGAAGACACAAACAGCGACAGCCAUCCUUCUCCGACGAUCUGGAGGAGGGUACCGAAGGCGCGCGACCCAAGGAACAAACUUCGGAGGAACCCGAUCGAUUCGAGGAGGAAGAAGUUCAGGACACCGAACCCGCUUCAACGACCAUGUCGGCAGUCGAGCCGUUACCCCCAACAGACAUACAACCCGCUGCUGAGAUGGAAUCAACUCCCCACGAACAGACUGAUUACGAGAAAUAUGUCGAAGAUACCCGUGACAGCGAGGCUAUGCCCCCCCCUCCCCCACCCAAAGACGACCAGCGUCCUCCGUCUGGCGCAUCGAAUAGUACUUUACAAUUCUUCAGGAAGGGCCGUCCUGCGUCGAUGUACUCCUUCACCUCGCUACGCGUGUCGUUCAUCAAGCAGGUGAGCCAGCUGACCGCCAUCGCCCUCCCGCAACCGUCCACCCUCGAAUCAAGCAUCGCCUCCAUAUCUGGAGCACCCGCCGCCGUGAAAGCAGUCGUGGGCACGGGGGAAAAUGUCCAGAUGUGGAUCCAGAAGGCCGCCACCAUCAUGGGUGGCUUGGAGGUGGAUGAUGAGGUAGAUUGGGCUGCGUCUGGCGGCCGCGAAGGCACGGAAGCGAUCGACAGGGCGAUCUCCCAAUUCGACGCCCUCAUCAACUCCUAUGUGAAAAUCAUCGAAGACGUACAGGCUCGCGACGACAUUGCCGAGGCUAGUUCCGACCAUCUAGAGACCAUCGUCCGCCAUAUGGACAGCGCCCUGCAAAACUGGGCGCACGUGAAGUCCAGACUUCGCGAGAUCAAGGGCCAUGUGGAGUUGGCAAUGGAGUGGGAAGAACUGUGGAACACUGUGUUCGGAGAGGUGGAAACGGAAGUCGCCGAGCUGACCCAGCUUCUCUACGACAUCGAAGAGAAGCGCCACAAUGUAAUGAUGAACACGUGGCCGAACGUACAGGAACCGAACAGUCACAGCUUGGAUAUCAGCGAGUUGGAGACCAUUGUGGAAGAAACACCGUCAAACGGAGGGACGUCCUCGAAUAGGCGUCUUAGUGUAAGCUCCAUCUUCGUUGUGCCGCCGGCUACGGACACUCCUAUCAUUCAGACCCCGGAAAACGAUGCGGGCCAAUCCGACCUGAUCGCGGUCUUCGCCCGGCUUCAGCCCUUGAAAGCGUCUAUCCAGUUCCUCCCCAUGCGACUCUCCAUGUUCCAGUCCCGCGCCGAGGACGUUUAUCCCAGCGCUUGUGAAGACAUCGACUAUCGACGAAGCGCGCUCGAAGAGAACUUCCGGUCCCUGGAGCGCGCAGCGGAGUCUCUGCGUAAAGAGUUCAGCGAGGAUCGGUGGAUUCUCGUUUUCCGCAACGCGGGUGCCCAGGCGCAGAAAAUGUUUGAGUCCGUCGAGCGAAGUAUCGUCAAGCUCCAGGAUAGCAUUGAGUCGGGAGCCCACGUGCAUAGUCCCGCAAGCCUGGCAAAGCGAAUCGAGAGCUACGAGGCGAAGAAACAGCAUUAUGUACCGGCUAUUGAGCGCGUGAUCUCCAUCAUCCAGAAGGGUGUCAGCGAUCGAUUGACGGUCAACGGCGAGACUGUGAUGCUCAUGAAUCACAUGAAGGACAAGGUUGACGCGUUGAAGGCCAGCAUCAACGUGAUGGACUCGUCGAUCGAGGACUUGAACAUCCCCGGUGGUCAACAACUGCGCGAUUCGAUAUCGACGAUUGUCACCAUGGACAGUCCGGCCACAGGCAGUGUGGUGGACACUCCUGGCAGUUCUCCUGCCUCGUCGGUCGUCAUGACGCCUGGAAAUGCGCGUAAAGGAGCCACCACUCCCCUGGGCAGUUCCAGUUGGCGCGGUAGCUCUGUACUCUGGGCUUGCGCAACCGCCGACGACUCUAACGGCGAAGAAGUCCGCCAUUCCAAAGCUUGUAGCACCGUCUCCCGCACCGUCUUCUGUCGCGAAUACGCCCACUCCGGCCGCGCGCAAGGCGCCAUCUCGUCCUGCAUCCUCUUUGGACAAGCGCCCCCGAUGGAACUCGAGUACAAACACCAAUGA